AUGGCCCCUCACUACCCGCCUCGCGGCAUCUACGUGCCCUGCGUCGUAUUCUUCCACGAGGAUGAGACAUUGGACUUUGAAGCCAUCCGCGCGCAUUUCACCCGAGUCGCCAAGGCUGGCGUCGACGGCCUGGUAAUACAGGGAUCCAAUGGCGAGGCCAUGCACAUGUCGCACGAGGAGCGUAUCGAGGUUCUGAAGCUUGCGCGCUCCGUCCUCGACGCUCAUGGCAAGCCUGGCGCGACCAUCAUCGCGGGAGGUGGUGCGCAGUCGACGCGCGAAUCUAUCCAGCUGUGCAAGGAAGCCCAUGAGGCAGGUGCUGAUUAUGCGCUCGUUCUCAGCCCCAGCUACUGGCUUCCUGCCAUGCAAAAGCCCGUCAUCCACAAGUACUUUCACGACGUGGCCGAGGCAUCUCCCAUCCCGAUCCUUCUCUACAAUUUUCCCGGCGUCACCAGUGGCAUCGACCUCGAUUCAGACACAAUUAUCGACCUGGCCGCCAACAACAAGAACAUUGUCGGAUGCAAGCUGACGUGCGGCAACAUGGGCAAGCUGCAACGCGUGGCCCACGACCCGCGCAUCGGCCCCGAGUUUGCCGCAUUUGCGGGCAAGACGGACUUUAUGCUCCACGGUCUCGUCGGCGGCUCGCACGGCGUCAUUGCCGCCACGGCCAACCUCGUGCCAAAGCUGCACACCGUGAUGCUGAAGCUGUAUGACGAGGGCAAGCUAAAGGAUGCGCAAGAGCUGCAGACGCGCUUCAGCCGAGCCGACUGGGCGCUCGUGCAGCUCGGCGUGUCAGGCCUGAAGGCGGCGCUGCACAAGUACUACGGAUAUGGCUCGGGUCGGAGCCGCCGUCCUCUGAGUUCCCUUGACGUGAACAGAUUUGAUGGCGAUGCCGGUGCACCACUGCGUGACUUGGUCGAGCAGGAAAAGUCGCUACCGGAUAUAAAGUAG